GAUAUUUUGACUUCUUCCAGAUACGAUGAGUGGUGUAUUCUCCGAUACUUCAAUUCUUCCCUGAGUAAUAUUAUCGAUAUUAUUGAAGAUACACAGCAAGUUAUCGAAAUAAUCACUGUCCUCAAAAUGAUGUCUGCUGUUACUGCCAAUAUGACUUCUUUGUUAGUAUCCCUGUUAUGA